GACCGUCUGCGAACCGGUGACCAUGAGUUUCAGGAGAACCGCUGGCUGAGCGCCGACUAACUGUUUUCUGGAGAAACUUCAGAAAUUAUUCACAAUUAUUAUUAUUUGCAGUUUAUUUCCUUGUUUGAUUUCUUUUUUUUCCGCCUGACGAAAAUUUCUUUGUUACUAUCAAUUUUACCACCAGUUUGCCUUUUUUUUUUUAAAUUCAAAAAGAUGUGGACUUUCCUGGGAAUAGCAAGCUUCACUUACCUUUACAAAAAAUCCGACACAGUCCUGAGUUUGGCUCAGAGAGACCUGGUGACGGCCGCAGCCUUCCUGCUCACUGCCGGCCUGCUGCUCUCAUAUAUCAGGUACUUUCAUGGCCAGAAGCUCAGAGUCUCUCAGGUACUUAAUUUGCCGCUGAGCGUCUUGUCUUUUUUACCUGUUAUCAACCACCUAAUCCCUCCAACUGCAACACAGAGGAGCGAGAAAGCAGAGAGCAGCUGUAAAAAGAGAACAAGAAGAAGAGUGGGAACAGAGUCCAGUGCCUCAUCCGGUGCCUCAGCCUGCAGCUCGUCUGUGGCCCCAGAGCCAGAUGUGGUGAUAGUUGGGGCCGGGGUCCUGGGCUCAGCCAUGGCAGCUGUCCUGGCCCGCGAUGGGAGGAAGGUGACGGUGGUGGAGAGGGACCUAAAGGAGCCCGACAGGAUAGUGGGGGAGCUGCUGCAGCCUGGAGGGUACAGAGCGCUCAGAGACCUGGGACUGGAAGGUUCAGUCGAGGGUCUGGACGCCCAUCUGGUCAAUGGCUACGUGAUCCACGACAUCGAGAGUGGCUCAGAGGUGGAGGUUCCCUACCCUCAGGAGGAGGAGAGCAUCCAGUGUGGACGCGCUUUCCACCACGGUCGAUUCAUCACAGGCCUGAGGAGAACCGCCAUGGCAGAACCAAAUGUCACAUUCGUAGAAGGCACCGUGACCAGUCUGCAGGAAGAGGACGGCUGUGUAACCGGAGUCCAAUACAAGGAUAAAGAAACUGGAGACAUCAGGGAGGUCCAUGCAGCUCUGACUGUGGUGGCUGACGGCUGUUUCUCCAAAUUCAGAAAGAGUCUGGUGUCUGGGAAAGCUCGUGUCUCCUCUCACUUUGUUGGAUGCCUUAUGAAGGACUGUCCUCAGUUUAAAGCCAACCAUGCUGAGCUGGUGCUGGCCAACCCCAGCCCAGUGCUCAUCUACCAGAUCUCCUCCUCACACACCAGAGUGCUCGUGGAUGUCAGGGGGGAGAUGCCUCGCAACCUGCCCGAGUACAUGGCUGAGAAAAUAUACCCACAGCUGCCAGAGCAUUUAAAGGAGCCUUUCAUGGUGGCGCUGCAGAACGAUCGACUCAGGUCCAUGCCUGCCAGCUUCCUCCCUCCCUCCCCUGUCAACAAGCCAGGUGUUGUUCUCCUGGGCGAUGCUUACAACAUGAGGCAUCCUCUGACGGGAGGAGGGAUGAGUGUUGCUCUCAACGACGUUCGCAUCUGGAGGAGUCUGCUCAGUAACAUCCCAGACCUGUACGAUGACAGGGCCAUGCUGCAGGCAAAGAAAAAAUUCCACUGGGAACGCAAGUCAUCACAUUCUUUUGUGGUGAACGUGUUGGCCCAGGCCCUGUAUGAGCUGUUUGCAGCCACUGACAAUUCUCUUCAUGAGCUAAGGAAGGCCUGCUUCCAGUACUUCAAGCUUGGUGGAGAAUGCAUCGCCGGGCCUAUUGGACUUCUCUCAGUGUUGACACCCAAACCAAUGACCCUUAUUGGACACUUCUUCGCUGUUGCACUGUACGCAAUCUACGUCAACUUCAAGUCUGAAUCCUGGAGCACCAAACCUCGAGCUUUGUUAAAGAGCGGAGCCAUCCUGUACCGAGCCUGCACAGUCAUGCUUCCACUCAUCUACUCUGAACUCAAGUACCUGGUCUACUAAACAACACUGCAUUCGGACACAAAGACCAAACUCUGUGAAGUCUUAACAGAUUUAAUAGGAGGAAGCACAAAACAUUCACAAAAUGGCCUUCUUGCUGUAAAAGGAACUUUCAACCAGCAUUUUGAACAUUUUCUAGAAAAUGUCCCAGCCUUACUGAAGAUUGUCUGACUUCAUGCCUUCUUUCAGUGUGGACGUAUGUCUCUAUGAUGCCUUGGUGUCACUGUUUGUGCUCACCCACAGUCUGCCCUGUCUACAAGACUGCAGGGUACAUUUACUUAUUAGCUUAGGAGUUAUUCCUGCCAAACAGAACAGCCAUGUGAAACAUGGCAGCUGAAUUUCAUCCAAGUCAUUUUGAGAUAAAUCCACUUUUCUGCUGUAUAUUGUUAUGUUUAGCUGAUGUGGACUAUGUUUAAUGUGAUGAUGCUUCUGUACUAAUGAUCAAAGUCCAAUUUUAAAUCUAAAGCACUGAUGAUGCAGGCAGCAUGCUGCCUAAAAUAUCUUUUCAUGGUAUUUCAAACAAAAAUACUCUUCAUUUUUGUUACAGUGCAUUUUGAGCCCGUUUUUGCUGAGCAAAAGAUCUCCAUUACUUUAUUUGAUUAAGUCAAACACUUCUUGUCCCCUAGUGACCCUGAUCUGUGUCCCAAUAUUGUUGCUCUACACUAUAUUGUGAUAAAGAACUUCUUGUAAUGCAUUUUGAUUUCUAUGCUCAGUCUGAAACAAACUGACUGUGCAGCUACAUGUAUCAAGACUGUAAUCCCAAAACCCGAGGAUGAACCCUGGACUAUUUUAGUCCUGCUGGAUGUCAGUGAAGACCUGACGCAGCAUGGCUGCCUGGGGGGGCAUUUGGGUUUGAUGGGGACCAGACAUAGAAAGAUCGUUGCUCACAUCAGGACCAAGCCACUGGAUGAAGCUCAGGUGUUUUUUAGUCUGAAGCUGACAAACGAUCCUGAAGUGUUCGAUCACCACAGAUUCCUGAACUGCUGUUUGUCUGUGUGUGCCUGCGUUGGGCUCAAUGAGCUGUUUAAAUAAACAGUGACAAGAUCUA